AGUGAGGUAGGAGGUACACAAUGGAACUGCUCUCCUGGCUUGGGUCCCAGCUCCUAUCCUUCUGGAACAGCUUCACAACAUUUGGCCUCUCUUUUGCUGUCUUUAUCCUGGUUUUCGAUCACAUGAAGCGCAGAAAGAGAUGGAAAAACUACCCCCCGGGUCCUGUCUCCUUCCCUUUCGUUGGGAACUUGCUGCAGGUCAAUUUCCAGUGUCCUCGCCUGGCUUUAAUUGAGCUCAGUGAGAAGUUUGGAAAGAUCUUCUCUUUUCAGGUUGGAUGGAAAAAUGUGGUCGUGCUGAAUGGGUUAGAAGCUGUAAAGGCAGCAUUGGUCCAGAGAUCAGAAGACUUCGCUGAUCGACCAUCCUUUUCCUUAUUUGACCAUAUGGGCUAUAGAAAAAACUGUGAAGGGAUAAUGAUGGCAAAGUAUGGCCAUGGCUGGAAGGAGCUAAGGAGAUUCGCACUCUCCACUUUGAGGAAUUUUGGGCUGGGGAAGAAAUCCCUGGAUCAGAGUGUAACUGAGGAAGCUGGAUGUCUAUGCUCUGCGUUCAGUUCUAAAGAUGGCCAUCCUUUCAAACCACGCUUCCUCAUAAACAGUGCUGUCGGCAAUGUGAUGUGCUCAAUCACUUUUGGCGAGCGCUUUGAGUACAACAACGAGAAAUUCCAGAGGAUGCUACACCUGAUAGAGGAUGCUUUCAAUAUAGGAGCUGGAAUCCUGUCCCAGAUUCUGGACUUGAUGCCUUGGUUGUUGUAUAUUCCUGGGCCUCAUCAUAACAUCCUCCAACCCUAUAUUGAUACCUUUGACAUCCUAAGGGAGAUUGUGAAGAAGCAUAAGGAGACCCGGGAUCCAGGCUUUACCAGAGACUUCAUUGAUGCUUUUCUGGAGGAGAUAGAAAAGGCUAAAAUGGACCCAGAGAGCACUUUCAAUGAGGACAACCUGAUCUUUACAGUUUUUGACCUGUUUGGUGCUGCCACUGAAACAACCACUGUAACCCUGUGCUGGGCACUGCUGUACAUGCUUCGCUAUCCUGAUGUCCAAAGAAGAGUCCAUGAGGAAAUUGAUAAGGUGAUUGGCAGGGACAGGUCACCCAAAAUAGAGGACCAAGUGAACUUGCCUUACACCAAUGCUGUGAUCUAUGAAACUCAGCGUUAUUGUGAUGUUGUUUUCGCUGGAGUGCCUCACACGACCUACCGGGACACCCAAGUUCAAGACUUUUUCAUCCCUAAGGGCACCAUCAUCAUCGCAGUUUUGUCCUCGGUGCUGAAGGAUGAAACAGUUUGGGAGAAACCCCACGAGUUCUACCCGGAGCACUUCCUGGAUGCAGAUGAGCAGUUUGUGAAGCGAGAGGCCUUCCUACCUUUCUCGGCAGGUCGUCGCAUGUGUCUAGGGGAGCAGCUGGCCAGGAAGGAGCUCUUUCUCUUCUUCACAACCCUCCUGCAGCAUUUCACUUUCCAUAUCCCUGAGAAUCAGCCCAGGCCACAGGAAGACGGGCAUUAUGUCCUCAUACAUUCCCCAGACUCCUAUGAGCUGUGUGCCAUCCCCAGAUAAUGUGUCCCAGGCAUGAGCUGACGGAUCUGUGUUGAUCUGAGCUAAAGCUUCCACAGAAGAACAAUAUAGGAAGCACUUUUUUUUUAGAUUGAAAUAACUUUAUCUAAGUGUUUUGACGUUUGUAAAGAAAUUAUGGCAGAGACCCAACAACACGUGAACUGUGGAUUCAAGAUGCCAACCAGACCAAUCGAUGAUUGAAAUAUUUGCUGUAUUACGUAAGAAACAAGUCCACCAUAACCAAAGAUAUAGUGAUA